AUGGAACGAGAUUCUAUAGAAUUGAGGAGUGUAAGGACCCAUGUUCGUGGUACUCCAAGCUUAGAAUCCCAAGGUGAGGUUAAUUCUGAAGACCAACCAGCCGGCUUUGAGAAUAUAGUUUCUGACAAUGAAGGAUGUCCUGAUGGUGGAAGGAAGGCAUACUCUGUCCUCUUCGGUUGCUUUAUAGGACUUAUUUCAAAUUUGGGGGUAAUCAAUUCCAUUGGGGCAGUUCAAGCGUACGUAUCUGAGCAUCAAUUGAAAACCGUCCAAACUUCUACUGUCGCUUGGGUCUUCUCGAUUUAUUUGGCCUUGGCAUACGCAAUUGGUCUCUUCAUUGGGCCUGUGUUUGAUCGUAAAGGUACCAAGGGUUUGCUCAUUUGCGCUACUAUCUUGAUUUUUGUGGGUUUCAUUGCAACCGCCAACAGUACUAAUGUCUGGCAGUUCAUUUUGAGUUUGUCGAUUUGCGUAGGAGUAGGUAAUGCGCUUGCAAUGACACCUUUGGUCGGAGUGGUGAACCAUUGGUUUUUUGUCAAAAGAGGUAAUGCUACAGGUAUCGCAACCAGUGGUGGAUCUGUUGGUGGUCUUGCGAUCCCGUUGAUGUUAAGACAUUUGUAUCCAAGGUAUGGUUUCCAAUGGGCCAUUAGAAUAUUGGCAUUUUUCUGCUGUGGGUGCAUGAUUAUAGCUACAAUAUUAGUAGAUGAAAGAGUCAGAAAGACGAAAGAAGAAGUAGAAGAGGAUGAAGCAGAAGAAACUGAUCAUCUAUCAGAAUCAGCUUCAGCAAUUACUAGCGAGGGCGAGAAGAACGUUGGCAUUGCCGAUAAAUUGAUAUCCAUUGUGAAAAUAGUUGGUGUCUCUAUGUACUCUACAAUCGCCAAUCUUUCUUUCAAAUCAUUAAAAGAAUUAAAGUACACCUUUUUGAUCUGCGGUGCUUUCUGUGGUGAGCUUUCGCUUAUACUUAUUGUGACAUAUUUUGCAACUUACGCAAUUGCUCAAGGUGUGCUGGAAUCGACAUCAUACCUUCUUCUCACAGUCUGGAACGCUACAGGUAUUUUGGGAAGGUGGGUUCCUGGAUAUUUCUCUGACUACUUGGGUAAGUAUAACAUGAAUUUGUUGAUGAUCACUGGUCUAGAUAUUUGUAUAUUUGCUCUAUGGUUGCCUUUUGGGUACAGCUUGACUGUCUUGUAUGUAUUUGCAUCGUUUGGAGGAUUUUUUCUGGGCCUGAUCUUGUCUAUGCUACCAGCUUGUUUGGGUCAAAUCAGUCCAGUUAGAGAAUUUGGUGAGCGUUAUGGAUUAUUGCUGGCUUUUUUAAGUAUUGGUAACCUUGUUGGUGUGCCCAUCGGUGCUGCCAUUAUAGGUGAUGGAUCUCAACAUAACUAUGAUAUGUUCGUUGUUUUAGUGGGGGUUUUAUGUACGUUUGGGAUAUUCUUCUGGGCAGUUAGCAGAUACUUCAUUGUUGGAUUCAAGAUAAACGUUAAAGUAUAG